CAAUUCGUCUUCCGGCGAUUCAAAUUUCACUAGCCAAUUAAAACAUCAAAAAAUUGUUUUCAAAAAAAAAAAUCGAUUUCCAAAAUCACUUCCACUAUAGUUGCGAGUUACCGGGCGCGCGAAGCUAUGAGCUCUUUUAAGCACCUAGGGAGGCUCAUUAGCGGCCUCUCUUUAGUUGCUAAGGAGAUUGCUAGACGCUCUCAGACUCUUGAACGGCCCGCAGGUGAUAAUUUCCAAACCCUAAUCACCUACGCAGCCAAGAAAGCCCUAGUCUCCGUCACCGAUGUAUCGGGCCUUACCAAAGGGAAAGUCCGCGAGUUUUCGCCUCCUAAGCCUAAAGAAUCCGUCGUUUACUUCGAUCAUUCGGCUGAUUUGGCGGAGCCCCGCCCAGUCCAGCCGCACUCCGUUGCUGAUACUGGAAAUAGCAAUGUUGUUGCUGGAGAAGUUGUUGACGAGAACGUUUCUGAGGACAAUCAGGUUUCGAGGAAUGAACUUGGUGAUUUGGAGAAAGAUGGUUUCCAGACUCGGAAUCGGGAGGAUAAACGAAAUGCGGGUAGCGGAGAGGUUGCGCCGGCAGUGGCGACGGAAUUGAAGAGGAGGAAGCCGAGGGAGAGGAAAGUUCCUUCGACUCCGUUUUCUAGGGCGCUUGGGUUUGCUGGGCUAGGAGCUGGGCUUGCAUGGGGAACAAUUCAGGAAUCUACCAAGAGGCUUGUCUUUGGUACUCCAAGUUCACAAGACAAGCAAUCGGCUCUUUCCCCAUUUUUAUCUGAAAAAAAUGCAGAACGUUUUGCCCUCGCCUUAUGCAGAAUGCGUGGAGCUGCACUCAAAUUAGGACAGAUGCUGAGUAUACAGGAUGAAUCUCUUGUUCCUGCUCCGAUCUUGGCUGCUUUAGACAUUGUCCGUCAAGGUGCAGAUGUGAUGCCAAGGAGCCAGCUUGAUAGAGUUUUGGAUAGUGAAUUGGGUUCUGACUGGUCAACAAAUUUAUCUAGUUUUGAUUAUGAGCCAAUUGCUGCUGCAAGUAUAGGGCAGGUGCACCGAGCAGUUACAAAGGAUGGUAUGCAGGUUGCAAUGAAAAUUCAGUACCCUGGCGUUGCCAAUAGCAUUGAUAGUGACAUUGAGAAUGUGAAACUUCUCUUAGAUUAUACAAACCUAAUUCCAAAAGGACUUUAUCUCGAAAGAGCUAUGAAGGUAGCAAAAGAGGAAUUGUCCCGUGAAUGUGACUAUGAGUUGGAGGCAACCAACCAGAAAAGGUUCCGUAUGCUACUUUCUGAUACUAAGGGGUUUUAUGUUCCAAUGGUUAUAGAUGAACUUUCCUGCAAGAGAGUCUUAACUACUGAACUUAUCUCUGGAAUUCCAAUUGAUAAGGUGGCAUUACUAAACCAAGAAACUCGUAAUUAUGUUGGGACAAAGUUGUUAGAACUCACAUUGAUGGAGUUAUUUGUCUUCCGAUUCAUGCAGACUGAUCCUAAUUGGAGUAAUUUCCUGUAUGAUGAGGCCACAAAAACUGUUAAUCUCAUCGACUUUGGAGCAGCGCGGGAUUAUCGUAAAAGAUUUGUUGAUGACUAUUUAAGAAUGGUCAUAGCAUGUGCAAAUAGUGAGAGGGAUGCAGUGAUUGAGAUGUCAAGAAGACUUGGGUUCCUUACUGGAAUGGAGUCAGAGAUAAUGUUAGAUGCUCAUGUUCAAGCUGGUUUGAUUGUGGGAUUGCCAUUCUCUAAGCCAAGCGGAUUUGAUUUCCGAUCCACCAACAUUACCCAAAGUGUUACAAAUCUUGGUGCUACAAUGCUUAAGCACAGGCUCACACCACCACCGGAAGAGUCUUACAGCCUUCAUAGAAAGCUUUCAGGUGCUUUUUUGGCUUCCAUCAAGCUUGGUGCCACUGUACCAUGUAGAGAGCUAUUGCUUGAAGUCUAUGAGAAUUAUCAGUUUGGUGAAGAUGAAGGUGAGAUGUUAUCAAGCAGCUCUCUUUCUUGAUAGGUUCCUUAUAUCUGUUCUUUUGGGAUAUAUAUAUUUUUUUGAUGUAUUCAAUAAAAUGAGGGAUGAAAUUGUUCAUCCAAGCAAUGUAGGCAAGUCUUUUUUUUGCCUCAAGCGGAAUGAUGGGUGUAGGUUUUAGCUCCUCAGAAUGAGAGAUAUAUUAGUUUGCUCCACGAAGACAGAAUUGAGCUAGAAUCACCCAUCUGCAUGUAUAAACCUUCAUUUUUUGUCAACAGUUAAGAUAAACAUACAUCUGCAAUUUUCUUACUACAAUGGGAAUUCUGAUUUUGUUUAA